GCCAUUGCCAUCUGUCUGUCACCCACAUCGCCACCAUGCUGGCCUCUGGACUGCUCCUGGUGACUGUGCUGGCCUUCCUCAUUGUUCUGGUCUUCAUGUCUGUCUGGAAGCAGAGGAAAGUUUCAGGAAAGCUGCCUCCAGGACCCACCCCACUGCCCUUCAUCGGGAACUACUUUCAGCUGAAUACAGAGCAGAUAUACAACUCCCUCGUAAAGUUCAGCGAACUUUAUGGUCCCGUGUUCACCAUCCAUCUGGGGCCUCGUCGAAUUGUGGUACUAUGUGGACAGGAAGCAGUCAAGGAGGCUCUGGUGGAUCAAGCUGAGGAAUUCAGUGGGCGUGGCGAAUCGCCCAUCUUUGACUGGCUCUUCAAAGGCUAUGGCUUGGUCUUCAGCACCGGGGAUCGCGCCAAGCAGUUGAGGCGCUUCUCCAUUGCCACACUGAGGGACUUCGGUGUGGGCAAGCGUGGCAUUGAGGAGCGCAUCCAAGAGGAAGCAGGCUUUCUCCUGGAGGCAUUCCGGAAGACAAAUGGUGCUUUCAUUGAUCCUACAUUCUACCUGAGCAGAACAGUGUCCAAUGUCAUUAGCUCCAUCGUUUUCGGGGACCGCUUUGACUAUAAGGAUAAAGAGCUCUUGUCACUACUGAAGAUGAUGAUGGGAAGUUUCCAGUUCACAGCUACAUCCCCCGGGCUGCUCUUCGAGAUGUUCUCUUCAGUGAUGAAGCACCUGCCGGGACCACAGCAACAGUCCUUUAGGGAAAUGCAGGGUUUGGAAGACUUUAUAACCAAGAAGGUGAAACAGAAUCAGAGCACCCUGGAUCCCAAUUCCCCAAGGGACUUCAUUGACUCCUUUCUCAUCCGUAUGCAGGAGGAGAAGAAGAACCCCAAUACAGAGUUCUCCAUGAAGAAUUUAGUGCGAACUACACUGAACCUCUUCUUUGGUGGUACAGAGACUGUCAGCACCACCCUUCGCUAUGGCUUUCUGUUGCUCAUGAAGUACCCAGAUAUACAGGCCAAAGUCCGAGAGGAGAUUGACAGGGUGAUUGGCAAGAACCGGCAGCCCAAAUAUGAGGACCGCUUGAAGAUGCCCUACACAGAGGCUGUCAUCCAUGAGAUCCAGAGAUUUGGAGACAUAGUUCCCAUGGGGGUGGCUCGCAGGGUCACCAAGGACACCAAGUUCCGUAACUUCCUCAUCCCCAAGGGCACUGAAGUGUUUCCUAUGCUGGGCUCUGUGCUGAAGGACCCCAAGUUCUUCUCCAACCCCAAAGACUUCAACCCAAAUCACUUCCUGGAUGACAAGGGGCAGUUUAAGAGGAGUGAUGCAUUUGUACCCUUUUCUUUAGGAAAACGGAACUGCUUUGGAGAAGGACUGGCUAGAAUGGAGCUCUUUCUCUUCCUCACAAACAUCCUGCAAAAUUUCCACUUCAGGUCCCCACAGGCACCCCAGGAUAUCGAUGUGUCCCCUAGACUCCUGGGUUUUGCCACUAUCCCACCAAACUACACCAUGAGUUUCUUAUCCCGUUGAGCCAGCACUGGAAUAGCAUAAAGGGAGGGAUGGAGAUCAGGCUAGUGGGAAAUUGGGAUUUAGAAGGGAUCAGGGGAACAGGAAAGAGAGAGAGAGAGAGAGAGAGAGAGAGAGAGAGAGAGGACAUGAUAGACUUGCAGAAGACAGACUGCCACUUCAAAGGUAGAGCACGAGAAAGGGGAAAUUUAUACUAUGUUAUAAAUAGUAAUAAUUAUAAUGGUAAUAAUAAAGUAGACAUUAUUUAUA